UAUAGUUACAAGAAGCCUGGUGCUGGAAGGAAAAUAUCUUGCUAAAUUUGUCAGAUUUAAAGCAAUUUUCAACAAUCAUGAUUCCACCAAACGCUUCUCUUGUUAAAUACGACAACCCCGUCUUAGUAAGCAGGAAUACAGACAAGAAAACCCCAAGGGCAAGAGCACUGAAGGUCAGUUCUCCACAGCCACCAGACCAGGGUCCAGUGCCUUCACCUCCAGGAGGGAAGAAAGGAGCCGUGCCUCCCAUUGAUGCUAAAGCAGCACAGCAGACAGAUGAGAUCCUGAACUCAAUCCUGCCACCAAGGGAGUGGACAGAGAAUGGUCAGUUGUGGGUGCAGCAGGUGUCCAGCACUCCGGCUACCAGACUGGACGUGGUCAACCUGCAGGAAGAACUGGACAGAAGGCUGCAGCAGAGACAGGCCAGAGAGACUGGGAUAUGUCCUGUCAGGAGAGAGCUCUACUCACAGUGCUUUGAUGAGCUGAUCAGACAGGUGACCAUCAACUGCGCUGAGAGGGGGCUGUUGUUGCUCCGCGUCAGGGACGAGAUCCGCAUGACCAUUGCAGCCUACCAGACUCUGUACGAGAGCAGCGUGGCAUUUGGCAUGCGCAAAGCUCUGCAGGCAGAACAGGGCAAGGCUGACAUGGAGAAGAAGAUUGCUGAGCUUGAAAAUGACAAGCGUGACCUGGAGCGUCAGGUGAACGAGCUGAAGGCAAAGUGUGAGCAGAUUGAGAAGAGAGCCGCAGAGCAGAGAGCUGUGGAGGAGAAGAAACACACGGAAGAAAUUCAGUUCCUGAAGAGGACAAACCAGCAGCUCAAGACACAACUUGAGGGUAUCAUUGCUCCAAAGAACAAGUAAAUGUCACCACAGCCUAAGAGACUUCAUUU